GGAGGAUCAUCUUGAGCACCUUCGACAAGUAUUGGAGACGCUCCGCCGCGCCAAGUACAAAGCCAACCGCGACAAGUGCGAAUUUGUUCGACAAUAGCUGGAAUACUUGGGCCAUUUUGUCACAUCGGAGGGCAUCAGUCCGUUGUCAGACAAGGUUCAAGCCAUCCAAGAGUGGCCGGAACGUCACGGAUGUCCGCGCUAUUAUAUGUGGAGGUCUUGCGCAUAUAUGACCCGCUAUUGCCAACACGCGUGACUACGGAUCCGUUCGGCUAUAGCAUUGGUGUUGUCCUCGAACAACACGAUGGCAUGGACCGACACCCGAUCAAGUACUUCAGCAAGAAAGUGCUCGCCAUGCACUUCAUUGAUGAUGCACGCAAGGAGGAGCUCCAAGCCUUCGUCCAUGCGCUCAAGCAGUGGCGGCACUUCCUCCUUGGUCGAAGUCAAUUCCGAUGGGUAACGAACAACAAUCCGUUGGUCUUAUACAAGACCCAAGACACCAUUAAGAGCACCAUCGCCCGUUGGAUGGCUUUCAUCGACCAAUUCGACUUCUUUCCCGAUCACAUUCUGGGGAAGUCUAACUGUUUUGAGAAUGCUCUUUCACGGUGUCCGGAUCAUUGUACCGCAGUCUAUUCGACCUUCGAGAUCGACAACGACCUCUGGGAUAGCUUCAUCCACGGCUACCAAGCCGACCCCGAAUUUCGCGACAAGUACGCGAAUUGCUCCUCUCCUAAUCCGACGCCUUCUCACUACCGGAUCCAAGAGGGGUACUUGCUUGCCCACAUGCGGGGGAAGGACCUUCUUUGUGUACCGAGUGACUCUCACUUGUGUACAUGGCUUCUUGGCGAGUUCCACGAUGCUCCCGCCAUCGGACACUUUGGAGUCAAUCGCACGAUUGGCCGACUUCGUGAGCGCUUUCGGUGCCCCGGCCUUCUCGGCGACAUCACACGCUAUUGCGAGUCAUGCGAGGUUUGCCGACGCUGCAAAUCCUGCAACCAUCGUCCGUACGACGAGUUGCGACCAUUACCGGUCCCCUUGUGCCGAAGGGAAGCGAUUGCCAUGGACAUUACCGGGCAGUUCCCCAAGCACAAGACUGGUGUGGAUGAGAUUCUCACGGUGGUCGACCAACUCACCAAGUUCGCCAUGUUUUUGCCUUGCCGCUAUCAUGCCAAGGCACCGGAGUUGGCUGACGUUUUUUACGCGGGUUGGAUUCGAACCAAGGGUUACCCCAAGAAAAUCGUUUGUGACCUCGACACUCGGUUCAUGUCCGAUUUUUGGUUGGGGCUCAUCUCUCAAGCCGAGUUCAGAUCGCCACCCCCAAACCGAUGGCCGAACGGAGAGGGCCCAUCAGACCGCAGAGGUCCUCCUUCGCAUUCUCAUCCAUCCCGACCAAAAGGAUUGGGUUGAGCAGCUGCCGGAUGUCCAGUUGGCAUACAACACGU